GCUCAACUUCAGCCACGCCUAAAAACCUGAAGAUGUCUUCCACUGGAGUGGAAAGAAUUGAAAAGCUCCAGAAAAUUGAGCAGGAAAUAGGAAUGCUCCUAUCCCAUGCUGCAGAUGCAAUAGGUGAGCUCUCCAAACCUAAUCCAGCACAAGAGAUGGUGGAAUACAAAACUAAGGACUUCCUUAAAUCCCUUGAAACUAUUGAGCAAGAUCUCUCAGAGCAGAUAGUGUAUCUAAGUCGUGUUUCAACUACACACACACAUGAAGGCUCUAAUUAUGGAGCAGAGAAGGACUUUGAACUAUUGCAGCUUCAGACAGCUUUGGCUAAGAAGAGAUUAAAUCAUUAACAAUAUCAACGUCUGCAUGCAUCAUUGUGGAUUCAUUGAACUUUGUUUCAUGUUCUUUUCAUGUCAUUGUAAAAUACUGAUGACUUGAUAACUUGAGAUUGAUGCGAAAUCAA